AUAAGUCGCCGCGGCUGCUCCUGCAGUGUGGCCGGAUGGUUUCUUAUCUUUCAACACCUUCAAGUCGGCGCAAAAACGAUAAAACGAGCUGCCGAAUGUGGAAUUCUACGCAGCGGAGCGAGAAAAGAGCGACUUUGGGGCGAGUUGCAGGCAAAGUUGAGGACAAAUGAGCAACAAGUGGUUGGAUUAUGAGUGUGGUGUGGGGUUAAAGUGCGUGUUUUGUGCGUAAAAGUUGUGGAUAAAUACGUAAAGAGUGCGGAUUGUUGGGUUGGAGGCGGUGGAGGAACGGGAUGCUGCUGCGUAAAAGCGCAGAAGGAACGCGUGUCCGUGCGUAAAGACAGAGAUGCUUGGUGGCCACGUCCCCUUGGAGACUGGAGAGACAACACGUGAUGAGCUUUACUUAUCAGGUUUAGAGGGAGAGAGACACCGAGACAGAGAGAGAGAGAACCGGAGGGGGGACGGAGCUGCUGGAGUCCCGGAGCGAGACACCAAAAAGACGCAAAAACACAUCUUUAAAUUAUUGUUUUGUUCCCCUCCGGACGGAAGCUUUCCUAGAGUUUUAUUCGAGAGGAGAGAGGAAGAAGAAGAGAGGAAGAGCCGCAGAGAGAGAGGAGGAGGAGGGAGGGAGGAGAGAGAGGAGGGAGGAGGAGGGGAGGAGAAGCCGGAGUAAAGUUUGUCCAAGUUUGCACAUCCCUUCGGAAACGCCAUUUUGAUUCCUCUCCUCUCCGGAGCGAGUUUGCAGCUUCUCUCUCUCCCCCCUUUUUUCCUUUUUUUUUUCAAAAAUCUCCUUUUUGCCAUCCACCAUCCUCAUCUUCAUCACCGCCGUCGCCCCCACCACCACCAUCAUCAUCAUCAUCCUCCUCGCCACGAUGUCUCGGCGCAAGCAGCCCAACCCCAACAAAGUGAAGCUGUGAGCAGUGGUUGCAGACACACACACAACAAACCCCGCCCCCUCCCGCCCCGAGACUCGAGCCGAUCGAUCGAUCGUUGCUUUCCGAUCAGAACGCCGUCAUGGAAAACUCCACAGAGGAGCUGCAGGAAGGGGGAGGAGCCAGCGCUGCCGUUAAAGAAGAGGAGGCGGAGCUGACAGAGGAGAAAACGCACAGUAACCUCAAAGGAGCGCUGAACGGAGUGAUGGAGGCCGGCGGAGGAGAGAAGCUACAGAACGGAGACCGAGGAGGAGGAAUGAUGGGAGCCGAAGGAGGAGGAGGAGGAGACCUGUCCUCCAUCAACGCCAUGAUGUCAGCGGUGAUGUCAGCGGCAGGAAGCAUCAACGGCGGAGGAGACGCAGAUGGAGGCAGCGGAGUCACUUCAGCCAACUCCUCAGCCGGACCGUCGCCGAGCCCAUCGCCCAGCAAGUCGAUCACAGCGGCCAUGAGAGCCCCACCGAGCCGCAACGCUCGCCGCACCCAGGACACCAAAGACGACAGCUCUGCUUAUAUCUGUCCGCUGUGUGACAAGAACUGUCAGACACAACACCAGCUGACCAUGCACAUCCGACAGCACAACGCCGACACCGGAGCCACCGACCACUCCUGCAGCAUCUGUGGAAAAUGCCUGAGCUCGGCCUCGUCGCUCGACCGACACAUGCUGGUGCACAGCGGGGAGAGGCCCUACAAAUGCAACGUCUGCGGCCAGACCUUCACCACCAACGGCAACAUGCACAGACAUAUGAAGAUCCAUGAGAAGGACCCGGCCAGCGGCCUGCUGCCCGUCAGCCCUCCGUCUCCCACCAAACGCCGCCGCCCGUCGGUGAAGAGGAGGCUGGGCCCUGAGGAGGAGGCGGGGGAGGAGCCUCCCAGCAAAAAGGUGGUGGAGGAUGCAGCAGGAGAGGAGGCGACAGCGGUCCGCGGGUCGGAGGAGGAGCUGCUGCCGUGUCCGAUCUGCUUCAAGACCUGCAGCUCCAGACUGGAUCUGGAUGCUCACAUGGACGCCCACCCAGACACAGCGCUCAGGUGUGACCUCUGCUGCCUCUCCUUCCGGACACACCGCGGUUUGUUGCGUCACAACGCCGGCGUCCAUAAGCUCCUCCCCCAGGACCCGAGCGGCCGGCCCUUCAUCCAGAACAACCCCUCCAUCCCCACCGGCUUCAACGACCUGGCCUUCAUCGACUUCUCCUGCAAGAAGUUCGCUCACAUCGCCCAGGUGUGGUGUGAGACCAACCUCCGUCGCUGCAUCAGUAAGUUCCACCGCUUCGUGUGUGACGGCUGUGAUAAGGCCUUCCCCCUCCGCUCGGCCCUCGACCUCCACAAGAAAACCUCCCACCCCGACGAAGCAGACGGCCAGGAGGACGGAGCUGCAGAGAACGGAGCUGCAGAGAACGGAGCUGCAGAGAACGGAGCUGCAGAGAACGGAGCUGCAGAGAACGGCCUGCAGAGUCCAGAGGAGGAGGAGGUUCCCUCAGAGCAGGAGAGCUUCAUGGAGCUCCUGGGCCUCCAGCACGUCUCCAAGGUGAAGUCUGGUCCCACAGACGAUGAGAUCCAUCAGGCCCACCUGGACAGCAUCAAGGUGAUCCACGUGGAGCCUCCGUCCUCCAGCCUCCCCCAGGAGCCGGCGGCCUCCUUCCUGUCCGGAGGUCUGGGUCUGACGCUGGGCGGCCUGGCGCUGAGCAUCCCCCUGCUAGAGGCGUCCGGCUCGGCGUUGCAGGGUCUGAGCCAGAGAGACGCCCUCAGCCUGCUGUCGCUGCAGCCCUUCCAGACUGGCUUCCUGCUGCAGCCCGACGGGGCCGCCGCCGCCGCCGGCUCAUCGGCCGUCAAACCCGGAGAGGCGGGCGGAGCCGGCCUGGUGGAGCUGGCCGACAUCCAGCAGAUCCUCAAAGUGGCCGCGGCGGCGCCCAAUCAGAUGGGACUUCCUCCUCUGGCCAAAGCUCCGGGGUUCACUGGAGGUCAAGGUCAGGUCCAGGGUCAGAAGGCCAUGCCUCCUCUGAAGCCCAAACCUCCCAUCAGCCCUCGCUCCAGCCUCACGGCAACGACCCCCCCGCCCCUGCAGAGCUCCCAGCAGGCCUCUCUGGGCUGCAUCAGCCCCAGCCUGCCGCCCCCCACCCCCACGCUCUUCAAGACGCCCUCCUCGUCCUCUUCAUCCGCCGGCAACGGAGGGCAGAUGGACGCAGAGUGCAUGGGCGACGCCCACACGCCGCUGUCCGAUUCGCCGCCUGCCGCCAGCACCGCCGUUCACGAGGAGGCGGGGCUUAGCGGCAGAAAACCAGGAACCAAAGCGGGGAACAACGCCGGCUCGGCUAAAGGCUCGUUCCCGUGUCGCUUCUGCGACCAGGUGUUCACUUUCUCCGGCGUCCUGCAGGCUCACAUGCGCUUCCACCUCGGCAUUCUGCCCCACCAGUGCAACAUCUGCGACUACGUGGCUCCAGACAAAGCCACGCUGAUCCGACACCUGCGGACGCACAGCGGCGAGCGGCCGUACGUCUGCCGCGUCUGCCACUACCCGUUCACCGUCAAGGCCAACUGCGAGCGCCACCUCAGGAAGAAGCACGCCAAGACCUCCAGGAAGGACAUCGAAAAGAACAUCAAGUACGUCACCUCCACCACCACCGCCAACAUCGCGGCCGCCAUCACCGCGUCGACCCCCACCACCACCCAGGACACGGAGACGGGCUACACCGGAGCCGAGACCACCUGCCGGUUCUGUGGCGAGGACCUGAAGAGCUACCGGGCGCUGCAGAUCCACCUGCGGACGCACAACGGCUGCCAGAGGAAGCCGUUCGAGUGCCGUCGCUGCGGCGCCGCCUUCCUGGCCAAACGGAACUGCAUCCACCACCUGCUGAAGCAGCACCCCGAGGUGCAGGAGAGGGAGAUCGAGGAGCACAUCGCCACACUCCAGCCCACCGCCACCGUCGCCGCCGCUCGCGCCACUCCUGGAGCUCCGGUGGCGCUGAACGGCAUCGACCAGCCGCCCGCCCCGGCGCUCCAGGCCGUGAAGGUGGAGGCCAACGUGGUGUUUCCUGCAGAACUGGACCAGCCGCUGGACUUCUCGGCUAAAGGCCGCGGAGCCGGCGGCCUCACAGGGUCUCCUGGGGUCAAACUGGAGAGCGUGUCUCCAAGCUUCGAGUGCUCCGAUCAGCCCAUCGAUCUGUCCAUUCCCAGCAAGAGGCAGCGCAGGGAGGCAGGCGACAUUAAGGAGAUCAAGACGGAGCACGGCGGCGGCAGCAUCAUCGAGCAGCAGAAUGUUCUGUCCAAGGACGAGAAGACGGCCGGUGCCCUGCCUCCCCUCCAUCCUCACCCCCAGCUGGGCUGCUACCAGCUGCCUCCUGGAUCCACGCCUCCCCCCACCUCCCUCCCUGCCGCUGCUCGAGCUCAGCGCCUCAAACCGCUGCUGCCCAAACCCUCCUCCUCAUCACCCUCUGCUGCCCUCAAAGAGCUGCCUCCUCUGGCCUCCAUCGCUCAGAUCAUCCACUCUGUCUCUGCAGCUCCAGACCUGCUGAAGCGAGAGGCCGCCUCGCUGGAGGCCAAACCCCAGACGGGGGCUUCGUCUCAGGCCGAUCCGGCUGCAGACGCCCCCGGACCGUCGGCCGGUCUGGAACCGCAGAGCGACGACGUGUCUGAAGGAUCCUCCAGAAGGAGGUCCAGGAAGAAGCCGGCCGCUCUCGCUCUGAAGGAGAAGGUUGUGAGCGGCGGCAUCGACUUGGAGUCCAGCGGGGAGUUCGCCAGCGUGGAGAAGAUGUUGGCGACGACCGACGCCAACAAGUUCAGCACCUACCUGCAGACCGGAGCCGCUGAGCUCGGAACAAAGAGAGAAGGAGACGGAGGAGGAGGGGAGGAGAAAGAGGGAGGAGUCAGGGAGGAGGUGAAGCCGACGGCGGCGGCGAUGACGGUUCCUCAGACCAAAGGCAAGAAGAACGCCUACUCCAACUCUGUCCAGAAGAUGACCUGUCCCUUCUGUCCACGAGUUUUCCCCUGGGCCAGUUCACUGCAGAGACACAUGCUGACUCACACAGGUCAGAAGCCGUUUCCGUGUCCGCGCUGCGACGCUUUCUUCUCCACCAAAUCUAACUGUGAGCGCCACCUGCUGAGGAAACACGGCGUCACCCACAGGACGCUGCGACGCAACGGAGCCAUCAUGAAGAAGGACGGAGACGAAGGCUCCCAGGAGAGCGCCGGAAGCCAGUCGGAGACGGAGCAGGUCGCACCAGAAGCACAAGACCUCAGCAGCGUCGCCACGACAGCAGACUCAGGCCCCGCCCCCGACGCAGAUAGCCCCGCCCCCAGUGAAAGCACACAGCCAAGCCCCGCCCACAAACCAAGCCAAGGUUGCAGUCCGGCUGGAGAGCAGCAGGAGGCAGAAAUCACCAAACAUCCAGACCAGCAGGAGGCGCCAGAGAGCUGCACAGCGCCGGGAAAACAGCCUCCACAGAGCUGCAAGGUGGAGAGCGCAGACGACGACGACUGCAACAGCAACAAGAGUCUGGACCUAAACUUCGGCAAGAAGCUCAUCGACUUUAAGCUCUCCACGUCCUCCUCAGGCUCCGCUCAGGAAGAACCGCCCUCCCAGCCCGAACCCACCUCCUCCCCCUCGUCUGCAGCCUCUACCUCGGCUCCUCAAUCCGCCACCGAGAGCCCAGAGGACAAGGAGAAGCCGGCCGCCUCCUCCUCCUCUUCCUCCUCCUCAGGCAGCCCCGCCACCAAGCAGCAGCCGGACUACAAACACGUCUGUCGGGUUUGUAAGAAGAGCUUCCGAUACGCCACCACGCUCGCUCGCCACGAGAGGGCGCACCUCACCGAGGAGACGCCGAGUCCACCGCCAGCGGAGGAGGCAUCGCCGGUGAAGGAGGAGGCGGCGGAGAGCAAACUUGCUGAGGAGGACAAAGACGAGAAGGAGACGGAGACGGAGGCGGAGGACGGAGGAGUGAAGGGAGGCGAGAGCGAUGGAGGAGAGAGUGGCGACUCGGAGGAAGAGGAGAAGGAGGAGAGGAGCAACGAGGAGGCGUCAGAACCAAAGAGUCUGGAGGGAGGAGAGGUGUCAGGAGGACGAGUGGACAAGAGGAAGAAGAUCUGCAAAGUCUGCGGGAAAAGAUUCUGGUCACUGCAGGACCUGACCAGGCAUAUGAGGUCACACACAGGUGAGCGGCCUUACCGGUGUCAAACCUGUGAGAGGACCUUCACCCUGAAGCACAGCCUGGUCCGCCACCAAAGGAUCCAUCUGAAGCCCCGCGGAGCCGACGGAUCCUCGGCCACCAACGACGACGCCAGCGAGGAUGGAGAUUCCUGCACCCCGACCCCGACCUCAACCUGCCCGCCCUCGGAGAACGAGAGUGAGUCUGGGAGCGCCGCAGCUGGGGCGAAGGAGCUGGAGGAGGAGGACGUGAAGGAGGAUGAGGAGGAAGAGCGCGCCGUGAACCGAGCAGAGUCCGGAGCAGAUUCAGAUCCUCCAACCGCUGUCGCUCCUGAAGACGUAGAGGACAAAUCCGGACUCGACUCGACGCCACAACUGUUGGUCGACUCGACUCCCGGCCACCAAGCUACUGACACAAAGACAACUACUAGCGCCGACUCCUCAGCCAGCGACCUGAAAUCGACGCCCGACUCAAACGCCUCCAAAGAUCCCUCUUCCUCCAGCUCUCCGCCGGGGGAAGCCGCCUCCGCAGAGGGCUUCAUCCAGGGGCUGCUGGAGAUCCACGCCAAGCCCCCUCUGGAGCACAUCCUGCCCAACGGAGAGCCUCCUCUGGUGGGGGUGGACUGAGGGCGACCCCCUACAACAUCACCGCAGUGCCAUACGACGGACAGACGCUACACCAUUGAUGAUGAUGCAAAAACCAGCCCGGAAAAUUUUGAUAGAAAGACCUUGUUUUCUUGAAGUGCCUUACUACUAGUCCUUCUUCUAAAGAUGUUUUUUGCUAUAUCUUUAUCUGCAUUAUUACGGAGGAUGGAUCUAAUUUUUAUAGCUUUUUAUGAUGACAAUGAUUUACAUUACUAUUUUUCGUGCGGGGAAUCUAUAUUUCAGCAAUAAAAAGAAUAAAGUUACGAUUAAUUAUUGUUCUAGGUUUUGUUUGAGAAUUGAUGAUCAACUUAGGAGAUGCAGAGAGACAAAGACUACAGAGGACCGUCUGCGUUUGUUCUUCUGUAUUUAAAUCACCGCUGGGCACACAAAACAACUCAGAACUGUAACAUUUGAACCAGCUGUGGAUUUAAAAGCAAACUAGUCGAGGUCGGGAACUAGAUUUUUUGUUUGUUUGUUUUUUCGGUCUGCCAGCCGUGUUAAAAUCACCAGCCGUUUUUGAUAUUUUUGAGGCGACGGCCCAGUUUCACCAGCGGGUCGCGGCUGCCAGUUUGACCAAGGAAACUUUUUGUAACUGGAAAACGCAGAGAGGCCGCCGCCGCCUCGUCGUCCUUUCAGCUCGCAGCGAUCCACGUCUCUCGGCCGUUUCGGCAAACACAAAAAACAUUGAUGAACUUGUCUAAGUCUGAUGUCUGUGUGAAGAACUCUUGUAAGGGCAGAAAAUAGUGUUUGUGUUCUCCAUGUUCUGUUUUUUCUGUUUGUUUUUUAAACCCAUCACACUAUUGAUCUCUUCAUCCCCCAGAAGCCACCCUAUGAAUUGUUUUGUGUUAAUAAUUUGUCAUUCAUAAUCAUUCUCAACUGAUUCCAUGUGUGUGUACAGAGAGUUGAACAUGUGGCACGUGAUAUGCUAGUAUUUUGUUUUUCUGCAUGUGUGCGAUCAUGUGACAUUUAGGUGUAGGGACGGGAAUUAUCUUUUGUGGAUUUUCUUUUGAUAACUGAACAAAUCAAAAGUUUUUCAUUGUGUAUGUGUGUGGCUGCCACCUGUCUCUCAUCAUCGCCCCCUAGUGUUCUUUUAGGGUUCAUCACAGGGCCUCUAGCGUGCUAACGUAUGUCACCGCUAAUAUCUGACCCAGGUUCAGUUUACCUCAACCUCUGCUUUUAACUGCAACCAGUAAAGCAACAGACGAGCAGCUCUGUAGACAACCCUUUAAAUCCUAUGUCUUCCUGAACAGCGCUAGCAGGGCCAACGCUUUGCUAGCCUGGUUUCCACUGUGGGCCAAAUCAGAGCUAGCCAGGGCUAACUCAUAAAUGUAGCUUCAAACACAGUUAUCCAGGGCUAUCAAGUCAACUGGGCUUGCAAAAAAAGCCAAGACAGAGCUAAAGGAGGCUAACUUGGUAGCAGCAAACUACGUAGCCACGGCUAAGUCAUUACUAGCCUCAACCCACACAAGAAAAGCUCUUAGGCUUAGUCUUGACCACAGGUUACACUAAUUAGCUGUAACUAUUAGCCUGUGUUGACUUAUAAAAUAUCAUCUCCAAUAUUUUAAACGUUAACAACUAACCAGACAAGUUAAUCAAGCUACAGAUGUGUUAACUUGUGUUAAUUUCUCUGUUAUGGUCAGUUAGCUCUAGAUAGCUGCUUUUUUAUUGGGUUCUAAGAUAGCAAAAAGGUAGAAACUUAGCAGAGGAUAGUUUUGUAUGGCCAGGUAGCUCUAGCUAUCUUUAACCGUUAGCCCGAGCUUUGCUUAGCGGACUGUAAGAUAUCAACAAAAGGGUAAAAACCAACCUUAUCUAGGUAUAACUGACCAGAUCAGAUAUGCUAGCCCGGCUGGAGUUGUGUUAACUUGGUUAAUUUCUCUGGUAUGGUUAGUGGGUCUUAAGAAAAUCCAACAAACAGAUAAAAAAAACAUUAGCUAGAGAUAACUGACCAACUCUGACAAGCUCACUCAGCUACAGUUGUGUUAGCUUGGUUAAUUUAUCUGGUAUGGUUAGUUAGCACUAGCUAGCUUGAAUCAUUAGCCUGAAUUGUGCUCAGUGGUUCCUAAACAUGUCCCCCAGAGGGUAAAACCACAUGUUAGCUGGGGUUAAGUGGUCAGACUGCACGUAACACGUAGCCAUCUUAGUUAACCACAUAUCUAGUUGAAGUAGGCUAAGAUAGUCUCCUUACAGUAUUAUCAGAGUAUCUAGAGUUGGCCUGGACCACUUUAGUACCAUUUGUCCCGUCUUCUCCUUUGUGAAAGUCUUUGAGGACUCGAUCCUCUUUUCUGUUCAGUCUGUCCAGAUGCAAACAGAGCUAUUGAUUUCUGUUUGACAAGGUCCUCAAUUGAUUUUUUUUGGUAAACGAGGUGUUGAUUUAUCCUCAUCAAGGUCAUUGGAUAUGAAUUCGGCAUUAGACAAUCAAAUGGAAAACAGAAAGAAGUUAGUGAAUCCAGUCUCAGCUGUAAUAGUUUCCAUGAAGAGCUAGAUGACGGGGUGAGGGGACGGACGGAUGGACGGAUGAAUGGAUGGAUGGUUUGGUUGGUUGGCUGGAACGGGUGUGAGCUCAACACUAUGUAGUGUUCCUGAACUGUAUUUCCCUGCUGCACACACAAACAAACACAAGUUAAAGGGCUAAUUCACUCCCGGCACCAACCGAACCGGACACAUCCACACCAGCGAGGGUGAUGAGGGCUUAUUGAUCCUGAUAUCAUGACCAGAGGGACGGGUAGUGUGUGUGCAUUUUCUUUUUUGAAUAUAGCUAAUUUUUCUUCUUGUACAUUUUUUUGAUCAAGCAACCUCAUAAGCAAAUCGAACCUCAGCGGCUCAUAACGGAACUGUAAGGCAGCGGCCGUCGGUCAUUUAGUCGGUCAAAAAGACGGAAAUAUUGAACAACCACAACUGCUCCGACCUGCUGGCUGCUGCCAUCAACUGGCACUAACAACUUCCAAAACUACUACUACUACUUCCACUAUUAGUACUACUACCAUCGCGACACAAUCAAAGAGAGAGAGUCGGUUUCUUUCAGCUUGCCUUCAAGUCAUCGCUUGUAAAAUGAUAUCCAAAGCUACGAUACGAACUUAAUGGAUGUUUAAAAGUCUAGAGGCAUCCAGCACAUGAGAGGAUUGUGUUUUACUUCUUAAGUCUCCUUGUCGCAGUAAAUUUAUCAGCUUCUCUAAUAUCAUGUUGUCCAAAUUGACCCUUAAACUUUUCAAAAUAAAAGCCAAGGGUGUCCAAAUUUCUUCAUGGCUUUAAGAUUUCUUUCUUUCUGUUUUAGCGGCUAAUACCUUGUGCUAAACUGGGAACUGGAAAAGUUACAGACAAACUGAAAAUCAAACUUAUUUUUGUUACUGAAUAUUUCUAUACUUUUGCAGUUGUAGUACCUUGCAAAGUGCUCAGUGGUAGAAUGUCAGUCGUGACUAUUUGAAUGCGUGGCUUGCAAGCUAACAACUAACAUACUAGCCAGCCAGGAGCAUUUGGUGCCUUCGAAUGGAACCCAUGAUCUUGUGACAUGGGAAGUUUUUUCUUUUUUUUAAACCAAAUGCUUUGUGUUCUGGUGGUAGAAUCAGACCGAGGCUAACCAUUUAGCACGCUAACGAGCAGAUGAUGUAAAUAGAAAUGCACAGGCUAAAUAAAAAAAUAAAGCUGUUUGGAAUAUCAAAACUUCCUCGCUCUAUACGACUAACUACAAAAUGUUAAUUUAAAAGCCACCAAAAAUAAAGCGCUUGUAUGGGUUAUUUGUUUGAACACGACGCCAUUUGAAGGCAGCAAAAGUCACAAAAGCUUUCCGAGCUAGCUAGCUAGUUAGCUCGUAUUUGUUAGCUUGGGAUAAAAAAUGUGAAAAAAAUCAACCCUUGUUUCAUAUUUUUAUAAAUAUUACAUUGGUGGUGAAGCUGUACACUGAAUGCAGAUGCAAAAUUGACUUUGUCUAGACAGUUUGCCGCUUCUCAUAAGCAUGAAUAAGCAUUUAAUUUUUCAAAAUUUAGACGGGAAACGCCCAUGUUUGUCAAGAUUUAACAGAAUUUAUCAAAAUUUCUACAGAUUUACUCAAGGUAUUGUGCAGAAAUUAGAUAUUACACUCUACCACAGUAAACACGACCCCAUUAAAGUCACAAAAGCAUUCUGAGCUUGCUAGCUAGCUAGCUUUCUGCUAUUUGUUGGCUUGUCUAAAAUGGGGUAAAUGAGUUAACACAAGAUCUUGGUUCAAACCUGAACAAACAUUAGUUUGGUGGUGAAGCUACAUAGCAAAGUCAAAAUCUGCAGCCUUGAAUUAGCAUUAGCAUUUUCAUUAAUUUAGGUGGAAUAUGCUCAUGUUUGUUAAGAUAUAACAGAAUUAAUAAAAAUUUGUGCUGGUUUAUGCAAACUAUUCUGUGGAAAGUAGAUUUUAUACCACACCAUGGUGAACACAACCCCAUUUGAAGGCAGUGAGAGUCGCGAAAUCAUUCUGAGUUUCUAGCUAGCUAGUUUGCUAUUUGUUACAUGUGAUUCAUACCUGUACAAACAUGGUGAAGCUACACACCAGUGGCAUUGAGUUAGCAUUAGCAUUUUUAUUAAUUUAGGUGGAAACACUCAUGUUUGUCAAGAUUUAACUAAAUUUAUGAAAAUGUAUGCAGACUUUACUUGAACUAGUCUGUGAAAAUUCGAGUUUACGUUCCACCACGGUGAACACAACCCCAUUUGAAGAUGGCGAGAGUCGCGAAAUCAUUAUGACCUAGCUGGCCAGCUAGUUUGCCGCUAUUCAUUACACUUGUUUUGUACCUAUAUAAACAUGGUGAAGCUACACAGCCAACACAGCAGCGGUGGCCUUGAGUUAGCAUUAGCAUUUCCGUUAAUUUAGGUGGGACACGCUCAUGUUUGACAAGAUUCGUGUGGAUUCAUGCAGAGAUUUUGCGCCUUUACGCUUCUGUCAGCCCAUUUAUGGGAAGCAGGAAAACUGGUAACACUUAAUUAGGCAGAUAUUCAGUAAAGUUGGUGGUAGCGCUACAGAACCACAGCAUCAGUGGCGUUUCACUCAGAUGAACUAGAAUGGAGUUAAAGUUUGUGAUUUUUUUUAACUGUAGCUGUUGCUGCAUGUCUGUAAAGAAGCCGCCGCCUCUCUCUCUGAACUGUUUCCGGUUUUGUCAGCUCUGUUAACCCUCUCCCUGGGAAUGACUGUGUGUUUGUUGUGUGCGCGGCCAUAUGAAUACUGGACUUCCAUUCGAAUGCACGUGGACUGUUUUUAAAUGUAUUUAUUUGGAGCCCAGCUGUGUGUGUGUUUGUGCGUUUGUUUAGUUUCUACAAUGACUUGAGAAGAAGCCAUGUAUUAAGAAUAUCACAUUUAUGCUGCAGAACUGUUUUGAGGAACUGAUGGUUUGUGUUGUGGACUAACCGGCUUGCCGUACGCGCGGCGACUCGGACUUGGCAAUAAGAAUCCCUCUGAAUCCAAAAAGCUUUAUUUAGAUCUCCUGUAUAUGAGUUGAACAGACUGUCUGGGUCUAUUGGUUCUGUUGUUGUUUAUUUUUAGUUUGGCUGAGAAAUGUUUUUUUGUUUGUUUUUUUGUCGUGUUUAUUUUUUUUCUCAAUGACAUAUAAAUGCGUAUAAAACUGUGAAAAUCCAUUGUGUUCAGUUAAAGGGUGAGUUUUAGGUUAGGUUUUUUUUGCAUGUUAAUCUAAUUUGUUCAAUUAAGGAUGAUUUCUCCUUUUCUCCAUCACUUCUCGUGCUACAUAUAUAUAUAUAUAUAUAUAUAUAAAUAUAAAAAUAUAUAUAAUCUCGCUCUCAGGGUCUUUCACAAAUCCAUUAUUCGAAAUAUUUCAUGUUCUUAUUUCCUGAGUUGCAACUUGUCCUGAUUACUUUGUCUCUUAAAAAAAUGAUUCAGAACUGUCAAUCACUACAUUUAACACUUGACUGUGAACUCGUCGUCACCUAACAGGUUGGAUUUUGGUGUUUUAAAGCCGGAGCACGGUCGGCGUGUUUUGGUUCCCGUCGGUCACGUUCGGUUUGAGGCCUUUUUUUUUCUGCGGAAACGCAAACAUUCAUGCUGAACCUCAAUCAGAAAGCAUUAAAGCCACAAUCAGCAGGACGUCCUGAGGUUGUGUCAGGCGUUGGCCCUCUCCUGCCCCCUGCUGUUAGCAACACGUGACAGUGUCUCACCAAGUCAAGAGAUGUAAACCUGUUCUGUAUUCAACCCAAUAAGAAAAAGCAAUAAAGAUUAUAUUAAGGAAAGGUGUGUGAAUCAAA